AUAAAACCGUAUAUGACAUAAAAAAUCUUAAGCCAGCAGUUAUUGCUUAGUUCAGUGGUGACGCUGCCAGGGAGAGAAGCGCAAUACUUUACCGCAGCCUGUCACUGUCGUCAAAGUUCCUAGCAUUGUUUUGAGACUUUUGUCACAUGUGGCUGUAGUCAACAAUCAUUUAAAACCCCGUUUUAGUACUUUUGCAACCACUGGAUAUCAUGCUAAGUAUUUCUUUACUGUAAUUUCUCUGAAUGCACUGCUGACAGGGUCAGCUGGAAAAAGAUUUUCUCAUCAGCUCGGAAACGAUGUUUGUUACUGUGAUACUUGGAGAGGGAAGAGUGGAGAUAUUUAACCUAAACUGCAGGAUUGUAAACUUUGUCCAUUGCUUAAAAGAAAGGUGCAGUCUGGAUCCUCAAGGGAGUGUGGACCUGAUGGACAGGACUGGAGAAUUAAUGAACCUGACAGAAAGCGAGCGCAGUACAGACCUUCUAAGCACUUUACUGAGAGACAGACAAAGCUACAUCUUAAUAUGUGUGUCACGCAUUGAGGGCAGUGAAGACCUUCAUUAUUCCACAAUACAUGAUGCGGACAUGGGGAACAGCAAUCCAGAGUUAGAAGCGAUCUUCAGAAAGCUGUCAAAUCCUUCAAAAAAGCAGCCCAAAAAGGGUCCCCCAAAGAAAGGAUCUGUCAAUCAACUCAAGAUUAAAACUGGCACCACCUCCAUGAAGAGCAUCAUAUCAGCACCCAGCACCUGAAAAACUCUGCGACUGAACAGCUGAAGAACUUUGCCCAUCCUAGUUUGUCCCUCAUGGAACAAUAUCCGGUUAAGUGAACAUCUCACGUGCCAACUGGGUUUCACAAUAAAAGACAAGCGCUGACUUUUACUUCUUUAAACGAUCAAAGAUGUUAUUUACAUUUGUUAAUUAGUAAAAGAGAAAGUGGUUGUAAAGGUGGUAAACAAAUGGCCAUAUAGUUAAAAAGACUAAUGUUUUUGUGUGCAUUAUAUGAAACGUAGCGUAUUUUACGUUCAUCAAAAUAUGUUAGUUUAAUUGCAGGGACCCCGUGGAGAUUUUGGUGCCUUAUUUUUGAUUAAAUACAUUAACAUGCUUAUACUGAUAAAAAACUGUAUAAGGUUAAAGAAUUUUUUGUCUAAUGUUUUCUUUGAUGCUGCAGACUAGCUGUAUAUGGGGUUCAGUAAUUGUCCAAUUCAAGAGUGUAGAUA